GGGGCGCCCGGGCUGGGUGACGCCGCCGCCGCCCGCGCCCCUCCCAGACCCCGCCGGCCGCAUGGAGCCCCCGGAGGGCGCCGGCCCGGGAGAAGCCGUUCAGGAGGUGGAGGGACCACAGGCAGCCCUGGGCACCCUGGCCCAUGGGGCAGGGGAGAGCUACCGCUCGCCCACGGCCGAGGAGGAGGUGGGCAUCCCAAUACCAGCCCCGGGGCUCCUGCAGGUCACAGAGAGGAGGCAGCCCCUGAGCAGCGUCUCCUCCCUGGAGGUACACUUUGACCUCCUGGACCUCACCGAGCUGACCGACAUGUCUGACCAGGAGCUGGCCGAGGUCUUUGCUGACUCAGACGACGAGAGCCUGGCCGGUGAAUCGCCAGCAGGCCUGCACCCACUGCCCCGGGCCGGCUGUCUGCGCUCCCCCUCCUGGACACGAACCAGGGCCGAGCAGAACCGAGAGAAGCAACCGCCUGGUGACCCGGAGCGCCAGCCAGCAAUUGUGGACACAUUUCUCACCGUGGAGAGGCCCAAGGAGGACUAGGCCAGCUGGCCUUGGGGCCAGGGCAGUGCAAAUCUGGACAGUUCUGACCCCACGGACACUCUGCCCACUCCAUGUGGCUCUGGGCCAGGUUCUCGGGGCACCCCAGCACAAGCACAGCCCAGUGGCCUUACGUCCCCGCUCCUUUCCAGUCCCUGAUCAGGGACCACAGCGCCUGAGGAUGAGGUGGGAGUGGCCUAGGCCUCUUGGAAACUUCUGUCUGCAGGACUGGUGCUCUCAUCUGCCACAAGAUUCCCAAGUGGGUGCGGGCUAAGGGUGACCGAAGCCAGAGAGAGCUUCUCUGCAAAACCCCCGAGGAUCUCAGGGUUCCGGUCUGGGAAUGGCUACACCACGCUCCAGCCCAUGGGAUGCUCUGCUACCCAGCCAAGAAUGUGGGUAGGGGAGUCCGUCCUCAACAACGCCACCUUCCUUUCAAUCCCAUCCUCUUCUUGGCACCAGGACCUCCUACCCAGGCCCUGAGACCCUGCUUGUCUUAGUUCCUGUGUGACAGCCCAGGCCACCGUCCUCAGCUCAGAACACCAAAUAUGGCACGACUGCCUCAGACCAUGGGUGGGGGGCAGUGGGCAGGGGGACACACCCCCACAGCCUGUCACGCAAACGCACACAGAGGCAUGCACAGUCCUAGGUCUGUGCCCCUAGAUGCCGUCCUGGCCUGGGGUAGUGCAGCCUGAGGGAGACUGGGAACAUGAGGGGACCACGGCACGGCCCCCCAGCCCCCGACUUAAGGGCACCAGGCUCAGCUGCUCCCACUGCUGCUUUCUAUGACCUAAGGGACUGAAGAGGCUCUGCUCUGACAGCAAGUCCAAGAACAGUUUUAAAAUAAAUGUGAAAGUUUGCUUCUGGUCCCCAGGCCAACCCACCCUGACCCAUUCCCCACUCAAACAUUUCUAGGGAAGGAACACCUGCUCUCCUGUAGCCCUGGGCGUGGCCCUAGACCCGCUGUGCUAGAGGCAAGCUCCCCGCCGAGAAAACCGGCCUCAGAAAUGCUGAGGGACGGUGCCUGCUCCCUCUAUACGAUGAGCCCCAACUCAAGGGAUGUUUACCAGGCACCACCCCGAAGUUCACUUAAAAUCAACUCCCCUGAGGGCAGCUGCAUGCCCCACCCACCCCACCCACCAGGAUCAUGCUCCCCAUCUCCAAGCCUUCCUGCUACGGCUUCCUUCCGCAGAGCUUAAUAUUUACACAAGAUCAGAUUAAAAUCUCAUCUCUUCCUAA